AGAGAGAUGGAUGGGGAGGGAGCACGCGCUCCACGCGCAGCAUAGCUGUCAUCCGCGGGGCGGCUGCGCGCAUCACCGGCAGCCCAACUUCUGCUUUCCCCGGCCGCGCGCGCGCUCCAUCCAUGUAGCAUGAGUGGGAUUUAAGCGUCUGCCCACGGACCGAUCGCCGGAGGAUCUCGCAAACGCCGAAGACGGGAAUCAUGAUGGAGUAUUGGAGGCAGUGCGCGCUGUGGCUGAUCAACUGCAAGGUGCUUCCAGCUAGCCACCGAGUGACAUGGGAGUCCGCGCAGGUAUUCGAUCUGGCUCAAACCCUUCGGGAUGGAGUCCUCUUGUGCCACCUGCUCAACAACCUGAGGCCACAGAGCAUCAACCUGAAGGUGAUCAACCUCCGGCCGCAAAUGUCACAGUUCCUGUGCCUGAAGAACAUCAGGACUUUCCUGGCAGCGUGCAACGAGGUAUUUGGAAUGAAGAAAAGCGAUCUUUUCGAUGCUUUUGACCUUUUUGACGUCAGGAACUUUGGGAAGGUUAUGGACACAUUGUCCAGACUUUCACAUACUGCAAUUGCACAACAAACUGGAGUCAGACCAUUUCCAACGGAGGACAGUGUUGACGAUGAGGACAUAUACAACCACCUGGAGGACCUUAUGGACGAGAACGGUGUGGAGGAUGAGGAGGAUCUGUACGACUGCGUGUACGACGAUGAAGAAGGCGGGGAGAUCUACGAGGACUUGAUGAAAACAGAAGCCAUCGCUCCUCCGCCGUUCCAGAAGCAAGCAGAGACCGACAUCCGGAGUUGCUGCUUAACAGAGAUCAAGCAGACGGAGGAGAAAUACACAGAGACCUUGGAGUCUAUAGAGAAGCACUUUAUGACGCCCCUCACCAUGUUUUUAUCCUUGGUGGAAAUAGAAAAGGUGUUUGUAAAUAUUCCAGAACUAGUUAGAGUUCACAAGUGUUUACUUCUGGAACUCCAAGACUCGGUCCUGCACAGAAGUGCUCAGAAUCUUUAUCAGAUCUUCAUCGCCUUCAAAGAGAGGUUACUCAUCUAUGGGAAAUACUGCAGCCAUGUGGAGACCGCCAUCGCCACUCUGGAUGACAUCUGCAAAAACAGAGAGGAUGUACGCAUGAAGCUGGAGGAAUGCUCAAAGAGAGCAAACUAUGGAAAGUUCACACUGAGAGAUCUCCUGGUGGUUCCCAUGCAGCGCGUCCUGAAGUAUCACCUCCUCCUGCAGGAGCUGGUGAAGCACACUCACGAUACCGCUGACAAGAGUAACCUACGGAAGGCCUUGGACGCCAUGAAGGAUCUGGCUCAAUACGUGAAUGAAGUAAAGAGAGACAACGAGACUCUGCGGGAGAUCGAUCAGUACCAGAAAUCCAUAGAAAACCUGAAUCAGUCCUUAAGGAACUACGGCAGGCCCAAAGGUGACGGGGAGGUGCGAGUGACGUCGGUGGACAGGCGGGCGAAGCAGGACAGACACAUCUUCUUGUUUGACGCGGCGGUGAUCGUCUGCAAGCGGCGCGGAGACAACUACGAGAUGAAGGAAGUAAUUGACCUGCACCUCUUCAAGAUCACCAACAACCCAACGUCGGACAAGGAAAACCGAAAGUGGUCCUAUGGAUUCUACCUCACUCACAAUCAGGGCCAGAGUGGCUUUGAGUUCUUCUUCAAGACCAAAGAGCUGAAGAAGAAGUGGCUGGAGCAGUUUGGAAUGGCCAUAUCCAACAUCCGACCGGAGAACGCGGCGGACAACUUCCACGAGUUCCGCAUGCACACCUUCGACAGAAUCACCUCCUGCAACUCCUGCCACAUGCUGCUGAGGGGCAUCUUCAACCAGGGUUACCUGUGCUCCAAGUGUGGACUCGGCGCCCAUAAAGAGUGUCUGGGUCGCUUCGGCUCCUGUGGAAAAACAGAUUCCAGCUCUGUCAGAACUCAGGCCAAACAUCGAGAUCCAGGAUUACCCAAGAUGCUCGCCGUCACCAACUACAGCGGCGACCCAAGCCCCGCCUCUGGCCCAGCCCUCUACAUCCAAACGGGAGACAUCAUAGAGUUGAUAUGUGCCGACCUGCAGAGCCGAUGGUGGCAGGGCAGAAUCCUGGAGACAAAAGAAGUCGGCUUCUUCCCGAGUGAAGCCGUGCGGCCUUGUCCAUGCGUCCCGAAGCCUGUCGAUUUCUCCUCCCAGCCCUGGUUUGCAGGUCCCAUGGAGAGACUGCAGGCAGAGGCGGAGCUCAUAAACCGAGUCAACAGCACCUACCUGGUUCGCCAUCGCAGCAAAGAGUACACCGAGUACGCCAUCAGCAUAAAGUACAACAAUGAUGUGAAGCACAUAAAGAUCCUGACCAAGGACGGCUGCUACUACAUCGCAGAGAACAAGAAGUUCAGGAGCAUAUUAGAGCUGAUCGAGUACUACAAGCACCACUCCCUGAGAGAAGGCUUCAAGAGUCUGGACACAACCCUGCAGUUUCCCUACCGCCAGGCGGAGAACGCCGCUGUGCAUCGCCUCAACCGAUCAGGAGGAAACACCCCAUUGCUCUGCGGCCUGUCUCUUGUAACCGCUGCCGGCUACAGCUUUGUUCCUCCCUCCUCCGCUCCCUUCUGGUCAGUGCUUACCCCUAAAGUGAUAGGCGUGGCCAUCGCCCGCUACGACUUCAGCUCCCGCGACACUCGUGAGUUAUCGCUACAGGAAGGGGACGUGGUGAAGAUCUACACCAAGUCCGGAGCCAACGGCUGGUGGCGGGGCGAGGUCAACGGCAGGGUCGGCUGGUUUCCGUCCACGUACGUGGAAGAGGGUGAGGAGUGAAGCCUGAGGAGGAGGAGCCAGAUGACGGGACAAAAAAAAAAGCACCGCAAAGCAAGCACGGGAGCAGCAACCCUCUGCUUUCCCCGCCACCUCCUGGGCGCCUCGAUGCCUAAACCAACCCAGAGGCCUUCGGUAGUGAAAAGGGCUAAAAGACGUCGCAGAUGCGCCGUCACUCCUGCUUGCGGCUAAAGGACUGUACCAACAAGCAGUUUGACUGUCAGCGGGGGGGGUUUGGAACGCCGUAUUCAUCCGUCUAUCCAUAACUCAGCCAUCGCUUCCCCACCCACACCCCCAACUCCCACCUGUUCCCGCCUGCCAACUCUGCUGUCGCCACCGCUCCCACGAGUGAGCACUCAGGAGCCGCUCUUCCGUUCACGCGCUCAUCUUUCCUCGCCAUCAUCCAUCAGCGCCCCCGCCGAGGGAGGAAAGUCAUCGCCCCUCUGGAGGAGCAACACAGAAAGCUUUUUUCCUUUUUUUUCUCCCCCUCAUCUUCUCCUCACUUGUUGUAGCCGGCUUUGACCUUGCUUGUCUGGCGUUCCCUGCGCAGGUUGUUAUUGAUGACUCUGCGACCCACAUUUCGCGUCAUGAUGGCGGCGCACGCACCCAAUGUAGUGUUGGAUAGCAUCACCACACCUCAAUUGAUUCCUCUUUUUUUUCUUCCCCUCCUCCCUCUACAUUCUUUAUCUCCAUCGCCGCCUCUCAUGUUUUUUUUUUUUUUUUUUUUAAGCGAGAGCGAUCUACCGCUCUUAUCUGUGGCAGCUCCGCCAACAGAGGCCUAUUGGGUGACGGCUUAUCGGAUGGGAUACAUUAGCGGCUCGUCGCCGUGCGCCCUACCUGGACGUUUGGAUUCCUCGUUUUUACGAGUGCGGUGACAUAAAACCGCCUCCUUCCGCUGAUCCGAAUCUGUUCCGUCGACGCUUUUUGAACGACUUCUGGUCGAAACACGGCUCUCUUACAGAAAAAAAAGCCAAAACAUUGAAUAAAUAAAUCCACUCUCUGCAAGGUCUCCUUAAUCCUCAAAGAGGUUUAUCCCACAGUUGAAAGAAGCUGUUACUGAACAACCUUCUUUUAAUAUAAACAGACGUAAAAAAAACAACAUCUAAAGCAACAAGAGGAAGAAGAAGUCCUCGGAGGUCGGCUUUGUGUGGGAAUGUUUAUUCUUCCUCUCACAGGCGGCGGGUUUCUCUGCUGCUGAGGCGGCUUCAAAAGGCUGUUGUUGUACCAACACGUCCGUUUACUCCACUGUUAAUUAUUUUCCCUCAGACUACAGAGGGCACGCCGGUCACCGCCACGUGCGUGAAGGCCGCUCUUUUUCAUGUCCACAGUUCAAAGCGGAAGUCUUUUCUUUAUUUAUUUUUACUCCCACUUCACUCCGCUCCUCUCUGCAGAUUUUUCCCGUCUCUAAACUUUCCCCGACUUGACCGCUGAGGAGAAGUCGGGAGAGAAAUGGAAAUGUGAAGUGAGAUGAAGGAAGCUGUCACGAGGCUAACCAGGGGGAUUCGGCUCGGAGAAACAACCCUGAGGCAAUCUUUGCUGCCUUAGCACCCCCCGCCCCUCUUCCCGCCGCCGCCUCUCUGCCACAUCUUCAUCUGUGCCUCUAGGUGUUGUCAUAGAUACACAACUUCCCAGACUGAUGUAAAGACAGUCUUUGCUGUGGACUUAAUGAAGCCAUUAUGCAUGAAAACGGUCUUUCAAACUAGAGAUGUCUCGAUCUGGUCACAUGAUCGGAAAUCGGGCCGGAUCACUUCGUUUCAGACUUGAUCAGAAUCGGAUGUUCCAGCCCAAUCAGGGAUCAGAUAUUUAUUUAAUUCGUAUUAUUAUGAUCAGGGUUGUAUGUUUUAAGCCUAUGAAUAGACGGAUGCAAGUCAUGGUUGAUCACAAUGAGCAGGAGGCGCAUAAAAGCAGGUCAGUAACGUUAGCGAGAUGUUCACAGAUUCGAACUUCAGGGCUAAAAAACUCUUGAUAAAUGUUUCAAACAGACAGCAAGUGUCUCUAUUGGUUUGUCUUAAUGCAAACAACGACGUACAAAAGAAAAAAGAUUUUAGUUUCUUUUUAUCAAGAAUGACGCUCUCUGUUCAGCCGACAGACGAGAGGCUCGCGAGGGACCGUCUACAAAGUGAAAGGUCCAGGAAAACGUGAAUUAAUAAAGUCAUCAUCAUAUUCGUUUAAGAGGAAAGUUUUCAUGAACUAUUAUGAAUUUUGAAUGGAGAUAUAAAUCCCAUCUGAUCAAAAAUGUUCAAUGGUUCUGAAGAUCCUAAAGCUAAAGUCACCAAACUUGGUCACAUGACAGCUGUUUUUUGUUUCCUGGUUAAAGCAACGUCACAGAAAUGCUCUGUUUAAGUGCUAAAUGAUAAAAGACGAUUAAUAAAAGAAAAAUGUUUAUUAUCGGAUCGGGAGUCUGUAUCGACAAUACUCGAAAUCAAAUGACUCGGAAUCGGAUGAGGGCAGAAAACUUGAUCUGGACGUACCAACGUUUACACGCGUGAGUUUGACACCCACACGGCCACUAGGUGGAAGCAUUCAUCCAAACCUCCUCGUGUUAGAGUUUGGAGGUGACAUCUUUAGAUGAGCAGCAGGAGUUCUGGUAUUUUUUUGUUUUUUUUGGAGGGUGCUGCGACGCCAAAGUGGCGCAAACGUGAUAUAACAAAAGUCCCUUUUUUUCCUCAUCUGGGAGCGCAAGAGCUGGUUAUCUGUAAAUGGCAACGCUGUCCGAGUUCACCUAAGCAGCAGGAGUGGAUUACCAAUCACUGCCUCCCUUUUUUUCAAAGUUUUUUUCCUGUGCAGGAGGAAGGCUGGAAGGCUCAAGGGUAUCCGUGAUCUAAUCAUUACAGCAUCUCCUCACCUCUGCGACCUCGCCGCAUUCAUCUCUCUGUCGGCUCCCGUCGCUCCGGCUCUAUCUCACCGUGUCACUUCUCUCUCUUUACUGCCCUCUUUCCUCAUCCAUCUCUCAUCCAAUCUCCGUCUGUGCACCGUCACUCUGCCUCUGCGGGCUGUAACCUCCGCUGGAGAAGGGAAAAGCCCAUCGCCUGUUGCCUCUGUGCUCUGCCAGUUAGGGAGUUCAUUUCCAACACGUUACAUUGGCAGAAUUCAUUCCUUAAACCUAGAAAAAAAGGGGCGUGGCCAAAGUCCCUUCAGUCCUCCGUCACUCAUUUCAGUCGACCGAGUUUCCAGAUGAAGCCAAAGACGUGUGCUGUGCUCGCCGUGCCCUCCGUGUUUGAUAACCGCGCUACCCCACCGCUGUGGCCUAACUCUAAAACCGUGCAAUCCUGACUGUGUAGCAGAAGCCUGUGUUGCUGCUGUAUCAUACUGUAAAUAAUGUACAGAGCCUACAAUAAAGAUAUACACUUCUUUUAAUGUC